AUGGACGUCUACAAUGGCACCACAGUGACUCACUUCAUCCUCAUCGGGAUCUCUGACCUCCCUGAGGUGCGUUACCCUCUCUUUGUGGCCUUUGCCAUCAUCUACCAGGUGACCUUGGUGGGAAACGGGUCCAUCCUUUUGGCCAUCGGGACCGAGGCAAAGCUGCACACACCCAUGUACUACUUCCUGGCAAACUUGUCCCUCUUAGACAUGUUCUGCCCAUCAACAACCGUCCCAAAGAUGCUGCACAACCUCCUGACGGAGGACCACAGCAUUUCCUUUGUUGGGUGUGCUCUGCAACUGUAUAUCCUGGUGGCCCUAGUUGGGACUGAAGUCUUCCUGCUGGCUGUCAUGGCUUAUGACCGGUACGUGGCCAUCUGCUUCCCCCUUCACUACUCUGUCAUCAUAACCAAGGCUCGUUGUGCCCAGCUGGUGUGUGGGACCUGGGCAGCUGGGUUCCUCAAUUCUACCAUCCACACGGUGUCCACCUUCAGCCUGUCCUUCUGCAGGUCCAAUCUGGUCAAACAGUACUACUGUGAUAUCCCACAGAUUGUGGCCUUGUCUUGCUCAUCCACCUACAUGGCAGAAAUGCUUGCUUUAGUGAUAGGAGGAGUCCUUGCCACCAGCUCCUUUCUGACUACCUUGAUAUCCUACGUCUACAUCAUCUCCACCAUCCUGAAGAUCCAGUCUGCAGAGGGGAAGCGCAAGGCCUUCUCCACGUGCACCUCCCACCUCCUGGUGGUCUGUCUGUUCUAUGGCACAGCCAUCUUCACCUACAUCCGGCCGUCGUCCAGCCGACACUCCCCUGCCAGGGACAGACUCAUCUCCAUGCUCUAUGGGGUCAUCACCCCCAUGCUCAAUCCUAUCAUCUACAGCCUGAGGAACACGGAGGUCAAAAAGGCCCUCAGGAGGGCUGUGUGUGGUAGAGUCUGCUCACUUUAA